ACCUUUUUUGUGUCAAUUCCAAAUUUCUUGACAUUAUUCUGACAUCUUCUUCACACACAUCUUUUUCAUACAAAACUAAAUACUGAACUUAAGGCAAUUGUAUCAAAAUGAAGUAGCGGAAGCACCCUGAUCCAAUCGUAUAUUCCUGAGCUCUACAAAAAAUUUAAGGGAUAAAGAUGGCGAGCAGUUUACCCCCAAGCAGCAAUGAAGAAUACAGUGGAGACCUGACAGUAAACGAAGAAGUAGAUCCCAUAUUCAGCAUGGAACACAAGAAUACGGAAAUGCACCACACCGACUUCGCAAUGCACAUGAGGAAGCCUGAGCAUAUGAGGGAAUUCGAUUUGAACCACCCUGAUAUAAUAUUUGCAAUAAAUUUGGGGAUCCAAAUGCAAGCCAUAAACGACGUAACAGGAACCAUCAAACCCAAAUUAAAAGCUGAUUUGCAAUGUUUAGUUAGUGAAGCUUGUAUCAAAGCCAUUGAUAAAAAACAAGUAACUUUUUGCUUGGAUAAUGAAAAGUAAUUUGUGGCUCCAUUACUCCAAUAAAAUUUUAUUAUUCA